AUGAGCGAAGAUGAGGCCUCGUUCUCGGCCUCGGAGGCAAGCUAUGCCAGCGACCCGGCGCCCAGCUCCGCCGCGUCCUCCAAGCCCAGCCGCCGCCGACGAACGCCCCGCAAGAGUACAACGUUCCUGCUCGCCCAUCCAGCACCAAAACUGAGCACAAAGAAGCACCUUCUCAAGCGGCUCCGCCCGACGCUGCUCAUGCAAAUGCAGCAGCUCUCGGCCGACCGCCGGCCACGGCCCGUGAUCGACGUCUACCCGUCUUCGCUACUUGCUGGCAACGUUGCCGCACCCCGGUUCUCCAAACGGUUCCCACGCCUUUUUGGUAUCAACGGCGAGCUGGGCCUGCACGACACCAUCCUCGUCCAGAGCGAAGACUACGACUCCCGUUUGCUCGGUUCUGAGAGCGACGACGAGAACGACAGCUUCGAGCACAGAGCUUUACUUGCUGUGCUGAGUCCCUUGCGCCGCGGCGACCAGUCCGAGAUUGCACUCGAAGACGGCUCUGUCUGGACGACAAAGGCGCUACCUACCGGCUCUUUUGACUUUGUCCGCGUAGACGAACACGGCAACACAACCACCGCCCGCUGGGUGAGCCGUGUCAUGUCCAAGCCGCCACCAGCAGUUGACGCAAAAUGCACCACAACCGGGGCCGACGACCAUGCAGCUACUGCCGAACAUGACUGCAAGUUCACGUUCAGUAUUAUCGACCCGCAGUCGAGACGGCACCCCAUCCUGGGCACCCUGACGCGGACGACCCUUGAGAUUCUCGAUACCUACACCACGGUCUCGCCAUCGGCCAGCAGAUACCCGCCCUCGCGUGCCUGGACGCCGUCUCCGGCCUCCCACGACGCUGACAACAGCAACGACGAAGAGCUCUCGCACGACGAAGAUGCCGGCCAGCCAUCUAUUGCUCCAUCCAUGCUCUCCAAUGCCAAAGCACGGACCACGCUUCCCGUCGAUGCCGCCCUGAAGAACUUUAUUUCGAUCAGCGCAGUCUGGGUGGCUCUCCAGUGCGGUUGGGGCCAGACUGUAGGGGGACACUGCCCUUUCCCCGGGACUGGCAAUGCCUCGGGCAUCAAGAGUGCUACUGGCAGUGUCCGUUUUGUGCCUGAACCAUCGGCCGGCGAUGCUACCAACGCCAGCGACGACACCUUCAAGCGCGGUCGCCGCUUGUCUGCACGCUACAAGACACGAUCGGCCACACUUCCCUCCAUCGACAUCCCCGAGCGCGAUGUAUCACCGUCCAUAUCGCCCAAGGCACCCGGGCGCACGCCCAUCUUUCCACGGAAGGCAUCCAGCACGGGCGCUGCCUACAUCCAACGCCGAAAACAGAUGCAACUGUCCGACACAAGCGACUCGGAACGGCCGCCGGCUGCUCUUAUUGCCCCGCGCCGUCGGAGCCGCGCUUUCUCGCGACUGAGCGGCGAGUUCUCGUCCAAGGUGUCUUCCAAGUUCCAGUCGUCCCCCUCGCCGUCCGAAGCACCUGCUACACCCGAGGUCAUGCUCGAGGAAAUCUCCCCCGUGCCAUCGUCUCUGUACCACCACCAGCAGAACUCACAGCAGCCUAACACCUCGUCGAGGACGACCACGGCAACAUCGUCCAUAGCUGCUGCGCCAGUCUCGUCGUUCACAUCGCCCGAUCUGCAGCAGACCCAGGCCUUGUUGGCAACACAGUCUUUGCCUCGCGGCGGCCGGUCUGUCUCUGCCUACUAUGCCACGAAUCCUUUGGCCCAUGCUAUGCCGGACGAUUUUACCGAUGCGGCCCACCCUGACCACCUGGCGAUGAUGCAGCACCACGGUCCUGUUGACCUGAGCGCAGCACCGAUUGACAUCCAUCGCCACAACCCCAACGGCAUGGCCUGGCAUCAUCGACCCGACUCUGUCAUGGAAAAGAGCAGCAAUAGCGGCGGUGCGCGCUGGAAGCGCCUGGGCAAUUGGUUCAAACGCCUCGGCAAUGGCGGUAGCGCGAACGGCGUCGCCCAUUAA